AGAGACUGAAGCAGCUCAGAGAGCUCGUACCUUGGCUCCGACUCCCAGCAGCUGACUCCGAAUAUCUGGGGAUUAGAAGCACUCACCAGGAUUGUAUCCAGAAUGGAACUGGCUCGCACUAUCCUGCUUCAUUUGACUUAUCUGACCUUCUUGGGCUCGGUCGCAGGAAGAAUGGAAAUAAGUCCAAAUAACAUAAAAAAGAGGAGUUUAAUUGGGAUACAUCGAACCAGAAGAGAUUUAACGACAGACACGGAAACUUCUGCCCAGUUAACUGACGCAAACUUGGGUUCCCUCUUCAUCAGAUCAGAAGAUGUGAAGGAGCCAUCGAUUCCUUCCGCCAGUGGUGGUGCCCAUAUCCGUGUGAAGAGGUACAGGCACAGCUUGAACCAUUUCCACAACCUCCAGUCCAUGAGAGUUGGAUGUAGAUUUGGGACCUGCACCGUGCAGAACCUGGCCCACCAAAUCUACCAGUACACAGACCGAGACAAGGACAGCACCGCUCCAGCCAAGAAGAUCAGCUCACUGGGCUAUGGCCGAAGGAGGAGAUCCCUCCCCGAUAGAAAGCUUCUCCUAACGCUUGUGGAUGGUAAAAUCAGACCAUCGUGGGUCAACGCCAAUGAGAGGUCGAGUGAUCCUUCAAGCGACCUCCCGGAACAUGUUCCAGCCCUUGGUCAAACAUCGAGACCCAACCAUGAGCAGGGGACAUGGAAAAAGAGCAAAUUGUGGGAAACCUUGCUUAAGACUUAACUUUGAAACUUAGCCUCACCACGAUGUAAGCUUAAAAAAGCGGGCUUCUGCCCUAGAAGGUUUCAUGUAAAUCCUGAGGCGCAGCCCCAGACAGAGCUGGGGAGCGAAGGAUGAACCAAAGAUGCCUUAAAGUAUUGAAGAAUAGCGUUUGUGUGGUCUGGUUAUGGGUUUUCAGAUUCCUGGACACAUCGCAAAUGGCCAAGAUCUGGAAGAAGCCCAACGGACUUCUCUGGGUCAAUGCGGGAUAUACUUUUUUGCACUUGUAAGGAUGCUUGUUGAGCUCAGCACUGAAAACCCACGGAUACUAAAAUGUGAGGCUUGGGGACUUUUGGACCAGCUUGGGAUCCGAGAACUUUAUCAUGGCUGUUCCUCCUGGGCUCUCGGUGCUGGAGGACGCACGUCCUGCGAUCCGUAGGUCAGGCGGCUCGUCACUGGAUUUGCCGCAAGAAGUCUUAGUAAUGCUGAAUGGACAGACCUCAUUAUGGGACAAAUUGGUCCUGAUUUCUAGAAGCUCUGUUUACUGGAGAAGCCAACACCAUGUUGUUAAAGGUUAUCUCUGGCAGCGCAGAGUUAAUUCUCGAAACCCUUACCCCCCUUCCUUUGUCCUGUCGUUGCCAAUGAACUUGUUACAAAAAAGACUCUAUAAUCCAGAUUACCCGUAAAGGGCAGUCUAGGUGGACUGUGGUUGGUUCCUUGGGAACCGUAUGAAAUACUUGAACUUCAAACCCUAAGUGCAAUUUAUUUUUUACCCUGUGUAUGUUAAAGCCAGAAACCUAUAUUUAAAUGCUACUGUUUAUGUUUGUGCGUCUUCAAAGCAAAAGUUAUUUUUUUACAUGAUAUAUUAUAUAAGGGCAUUUUAUCGCAUAUUUUAUUGAAAUGUGAUAUCUGUAAAUGAUUUUUUUUUAUUUUACAUUCCGUUCUUGUGAGAGAAUUAUGUAUCAUUUUAUAAUAUUAUUCGGAUGGGUAACAUUGUGAUAUAAUAAAAAAAAACACAAUUCUUAUUCACACAAA